GCUGAUUUAUCCAGUAAACAUGUUAUCCGUCCACAUCGCCGCCCUACACCUCAAGAGAUUUGUUAUCGGAGGAUUCAGAGGGCACAGGAUCAGGCCACACAUCUUGUGUCUCAGCAGCAAGCCAGUCAGUUGAAGAGCAGUGCUCAGAAGUCUCCUCUGACUUUGCCAGGAGAAUCAAAACGAAUUGCUCAUGUGCCAGCCUCUCAGUCUUCUGAGGGGAAGAGUCCAUUAUCGGCACAUAGUGGUUCAACACUAUCCCUCAAGAUGCAAACUGUUGCAGGCAUGGCAUCAAAAACCACCUCCACAUCUACACAAAAAAGACAAGCACAUAUACCAUCACUAAAGUGUGCUGCCCUGAAAAGGCCGGUCAUUCCCACUGAAUAUGGUGCAAAAGUACCAACCAAUAUUCGUCAGCGUUACCUUAAUAUCUUUAUUGAUGAGUGUUUAAAAUUUUGUGUUUCACAAAAGGAAGCAUUUGAUAAGGCCCUUGAAGAAGAAAAGUCAGUCUACACUCGUAGCAACAGUCGUAAUAUUUAUCUGAAUGUAGCUGUUAACACUCUGAAGAAACUAAGAAGUCAAGGACCUGUGACCAAAGCUACUUCUGAAAAAGUUGCUAACAAGAAAGCAGUUUCCCAUAAGUCUGUUCUUGAUGGAAAGUUGGCGGCAAAAAUCAGCUUCACUGUACAACCUAGUGUUCGUCAAGAGGAAGAUAGGACAGAUGUAACAUUAUACAAGUUGAUGAAACAUUAUAUCCUGACUCCUGAGCAGCUGAAGGAGCAUGGUUAUCCCUUGGCACACCCUGAGAAACCUGGGAAGGCUGUUGUUUUUACAGCAGAGGAAAAGAAAAGCCCAGCUGCCUCCUGCCGGAUAUGCUGUCGAUGUGGGGUAGAGUAUAUGGUGACACAAAGUGGAAGUUGCAUACGACAAGAGGAAUGUGUUCAUCACUGGGGCCGUCUUAGAAGGCAGAGAGCACCUGGAGGUUGGGAAACUCAGUAUAGUUGCUGCUCUGGUGGAGUUGGGUCAGCUGGAUGCCAAAUAGCCAAGCAACAUGUGCAGGACGGUCGUAAGGAAAAUCUGGAUGGAUUUGUGAAGACAUUUGAGAAGUUGAAUGACUCGGAGAGUCCUGGCAUAUAUGCAUUGGAUUGUGAAAUGUGUUACACCACUAAAGGAUUGGAGUUAACACGUGUUACUGUUAUAAACUCUCAAAUGAAGGUGGUGUAUGACACCUUUGUACAACCAGACAACAAAAUAGUGGACUAUAACACCAGAUUUUCUGGUGUAACAGAAGAAGAUCUGGAAAACACAAGAAUAACUCUUCGAGAUGUUCAAGCCGUUUUACUCUGCAUGUUCAACUGUGACACUAUACUAAUAGGUCAUAGUUUGGAAAGUGACCUUUUUGCACUUAAGUUAAUUCAUCUCACUGUAGUUGAUACGGCUGUUGUCUUCCCACAUCGACUGGGUCUCCCAUACAAGCGUGCACUUCGUUCAUUAAUGGCAGAUCAUCUCAAACGUAUCAUACAGGAUAGCGUUGAAGGACAUGAUUCAAGUGAAGAUGCUUGUGCUUGUAUGGAACUGAUGAUGUGGCGUAUAAAAGAAGAUGCUAAGGUUAAACGAUGAUUCAUUGCAGUGCAAUUGUUGAAACUUUAAACCAUUUGUUAAAGCAUUUAUCACAAACUUGAAACCUUUUUGAAGCUGCAGCACAUGGCUAACUACUUCACAAAUAUGGAGACUGUGUAUUGUUUUGACCUCCAG